AUGGAGGACGACCCGCGGCUGCCGCUGGUGGCGCAGCCGACGGGGGGCGCGGAGGAUGGGCCGCACGUGGUGCCGCCCGCGGUGCCGACCAAACGGACGCUGACGUCGGUCUGCCCGUUCAUCCUGGGCAACGAGUUUUGCGAGCGUUUGGCGUACUACGGUCUGGCAACCAACCUGGUGGUCUACCUGACGCGCAUGAUGGGGCUGGACACGGGCGACGCGGCGUUCCAGGUCAACCUAUGGGGCGGCACCUGCUACAUCACGCCCCUCCUCGGGGCGUACCUCGCCGACUCGGUCUGGGGCCGGUACUACACGAUUCUGUUCUUCUCCAUCAUCUACCUGGUCGGCAUGCUCAUGCUCUCCGCGUCCGCCUUCAUCCCCGCCCUCACGCCCUCGCGAUACGACGUCGCAGAUCCGCUCCAGCUGGGCGUGCUGUUCCUGUCGCUGUACAUCGUCGCGGUGGGCACGGGCGGCAUCAAGCCCAACGUGUCCGCGUUUGGCGCGGACCAGUUCGACCACGCGGACCCGCAGGACAAGCGCGACAAGGAGAGCUUCUUCAACUGGUUCUACUUCUCCGUCAACAUCGGGUCGCUCAUCGCGUCGCUCGUGAUCGUGUACGUCCAGGAGGAGGUCAGCUGGACCAUUGGGUUUGCGAUUCCCGCGGUGGCGAUGGCGCUGGCGGUGCUGACGUUCUGGCUGGGCCACGGGCGGUACAAGCACAACCGGCCGACGGAGAGCCCGCUGCAGCGCGUGGUGCGCGUGCUCCACGCCGCGUGGCACAACCGCGGGCUGGACGCGCGCGACGUCGAGGUCGUGGUGGACAAGGAGGCGCUCGCGCGGAACGCGCGCGGGCGGAACCUGCACCGCACGCGCUCGCACAUGUGGCUCGAGAAGGCCGUGCUGCGCCCGGCGUCGCGGGCGCGGGCGGCGGGCGCGCCGGUCGGGGAGCGCGCCGAGUCGUUCAGCCUGCGUCAGGUCGAGGAGGUGAAGCGCGUGAUGCGCCUGCUGCCCGUGUUCGUCACGAUGAUCGCGUACUGGACGAUGUACGCGCAGAUGGGGUCGCUGUUCGUCAUCCAGGGCGAGCAGAUGGACCGGCGGGUGCGCGUGGGCGGGCUCGACCUCAAGUUCCCCGCCGCGUCGAUGUCCGCGGUCGACACCAUCUCGAUCAUCGUCCUCAUCCCGAUCUACGACCAGCUCGUCCUGCCCUUCCUCGGCCGCAUCGGCCGCAAGCCCACGCAGCUGCAGCGCAUGGGCGCGGGCCUCGUGGUGUCCGUCGUGACCAUGCUCGUCGCGGGGCUGGUCGAGAACCGCCGCCUGAUGGCCGCGCGCGAGGGCCCCGAGCUGAGCGUGCUGUGGCAGGUCCCCAUGUACCUCCUGGUCGGACUGACUGAGGUCCUGACCGCCAUCGGGCAGAUGGAGUUCUUCUACGAGGAGGCCCCCGCGGUGAUGCGGUCGUGCAUGAUGGCGCUCGAGCUCCUCAGCACCGCGCUCGGGUCGUACCUCGCCGGGUUCAUCAUCUGGGCCGUGCAGCGCCUCACCGACGACGGGCGCGGCGGGGGGUGGAUCCCGCGGGACCUCAACCGCGGCCGCCUCGACCUCUACUUCGUCUUCCUCGCGGGCCUCGUGUUCCUCAACACGCUCGUCUACGCCUACGUCGCGCGGCGGUACACCCGCUGUGCCAAGCCCUGGCGCGUCAAGGUCUCGCGCCAGACCGCCGCCGCCGUCGAGGCCGCGCGUGAAGCCGCGCCGCGCCCCGCCGAGGCCAUGCCCGUCCAGGCCGCCGCUGCGGCGUCCUCCGGCGCGAGCAAGGGCACCAUGCAGUACGCCGCACGCAGCCCGGGGCGCCCGCUGCCGCCGCUGCCGCCCGGGGCGCGGGCGGGCACCAGCCCGCUCGCGGCGAGCCCGAUCCGCGCUGCCGCCGCGGCCGAGGGCUAUAGCGGGGCCGAGGGCGGGCACCCCGCGCCGUCGCCGGGCAUCGACAUCGCGCGGCGGGCGGACGGGCGGGGCGCGCACGGGACGCCCGGGGCCACCGGGACGCCCGGGAGCUUCAUUCCGGGGUCGUACCUGAACGAGCCCGAGGAGAGCCUGUACGGGCGGUCGCUGGCGUUCCGGCCCGACACGCCCAAAAAGUUCACGUCGCGCUUCCGGUGA